AACUGAUGAUCAACUUGUGUUUGCAGUUAAAAAAAAGAAGAUGUCAGCUGCAGCUUUGCCUCUGAUGAUCGACUGGAUAGAUAUUGACAUGGUAAUCUGCGUUGAAAAUGCCCUAUCUUUCUCCGAUGUGAAAUGGCCUUUCCCAAGCUGGUUGUGUGGCAAGUCAAAGUGGCUGAGCUGUGAACAACAAGAGCAAAUCAGAAGCAUUGGGAUAGAUAUGACCUGUCAGGGAAUAUACUGGAGACCUUCCUUCUCAAGAAUCGAUGCUUUUGUAUUUGGGGAGAUAGAUGGUAAAGGAGGCUACUGUAAAAAAGCCUUCAAAAUAUUAAAAUCUCUCAAUAGUUAUUAUUGGACCGUGGAUCAGCUGUGCAGUGACUACCGAGGAAAGACAAAACCUUUUCUCAACUCCUUUUUUAUGAAGAUUCUCUAUUUACAUACAAGAGAAAAGUACCCAGAACCUCAUCAGUGGAACACGUUGUCAAAGUCAUUUUGCAACUUUUUGGAUGUUUUAAAUGACUGCUGUAACCAGAAGUGCCUGUAUCACUAUUACCACGCUGAUGUAAACCUUUUCGAACGUGUUGCAGAUAAAACCUUUCAAUGGUUGCAAGGAAAAAUACACAAUAUUCUGGAAGAUCCAGAAAAUGAACUUGACUAAUCUGCUUGGAAGUAGGAACAAAAAAAAUCAUGGCAUUUCAUUCAAGUCCCAAAUGAUUCCUACCUUCUCCAGCAGCUCGUUCCAUACACCCACCACUCUUUGUGUGGAAAGGUUACCCCUCAGAUUUUUAAAUACUCAAAGUAUAAUAAUUCUAGAUGCUUGUUGAAUUCUGCAGUUAAAGGCCUUGCACUAACAUAAGAGUCUUUAUUUUGAAUUGUUAAAUGUUAUUCCAUGCAAAUCAUCGCUUCUUUAUGUCAUAGAAAACAUAGAAAAUUGGUGC